ACCAAAUUAAAAAAACAUACUUCAUUAUAUUAUUUUCAUACACUAAGAAUAAGUCGGUAAAUUCCAAGCAUACGAAAAUUAUGGUUAGGCUAAGCUCCCAUGUUAUUGCGCUAUUCAUUGUUGUAGCUUUGGUGUGUGCGUUUGUUCCUGUAUUUUCUGUCGAAGAAGCUGAAGCAAAAUCAUUAUGGAACACUUGUCUAGUUAAAAUCACUCCUAAAUGUGCAUUGAAUAUAAUUUAUGUUGUUUUUGGAAAUGGAACCCUCAUUGAGUCUUGUUGCCACGACCUUGUCCAAGAAGGAAAAGUGUGCCAUGAUAAUCUCAUUAAAUAUAUUGCUGACAGACCAAGCUUAAUUGGCCGUGAAGCACAAUACUUGAAGAAGAGGGAUGACGUGUGGAGUCACUGUGUCUCAAUUUCUAAAACUGCUUAAAAUAUGUGUGCUUUUAACACUAUUUUGAUCGAAUAUAUUUAUUUUUUGUCUUUGUAACAUUUUCGUUAUCAUAAAUUUAUUUCUAUGUACUAAAUUUAAUAAAAAUAAAUUAAAGCAAUAUGUCGUAAGAUGAAUAAAAUUUCAUUUUUUUU